UUUGGGGGUUCGAGGGGGGCUGCGUUACCUGCGUAUCGCCGUCCUCGUUCCGGUCCUCGUUCUUCUUCUCGACUCUGUAGAGAGUGCCGGUUGGGAACACAGUGUCUCUGAAAAGGGGAAGGGGAUGCCGAGGGAUUUGGAUGGGAAGCCGGCCCUCCUAGGCUUCCACAUGCCCGCCGAGUGGGACCCACAUCAUCAGUGCUGGAUGGGCUGGCCUGAACGCACGGAUAAUUGGCGGGAUAAUGCAGUUACGGCUCAGAGGGUGUAUGCUGCAGUGGCCAUGGCGAUUUCAGAGUUUGAGCCGGUUACUGUAUGUGCAAGCGCUGCUCAGUACACAAAUGCAUGUGAGUUGCUGCAUGAUAAGGACAACGUCAGGGUGGUCGAGAUGAGCAUGAAUGAUGCCUGGUUUCGUGAUAUUGGACCGACGUUUGUUUGGCGAGACAGGAAACCAAUUUCAGGGGCCGAAGAACACCAAGUUGCAGGCAUUGAUUGGACAUUUAAUUGCUGGGGUGGGGUAGAAGAAGGUUGUUAUAGUGAUUGGAGCCUCGAUACUCUUGUUACCAAAAAGAUUUUGGAGUUGGAGAGGCUCCCUAGAUUUCCACAUCAGAUGGUUCUUGAGGGUGGAAGCAUCCAUGUAGAUGGAGAAGGUACUUGUAUUACAACUGAGGAAUGUUUGUUGAACCCAAAUCGGAACCCCAAUAUGAGUAGAGAAGAGAUAGAAGAUGAACUAAAGAUGUAUCUUGGGGUCAGAAAAGUCAUUUGGCUGCCCAGAGGGCUUUAUGGUGAUGAGGAUACCAAUGGUCAUGUUGACAAUAUGUGUUGUUUUGUUAAGCCUGGAGUGGUGCUUUUGGCAUGGACCGAUGAUGAGUUGGAUCCUCAAUAUGAACAGUCGGUUGAGGCUUUGACAGUUCUCUCCAACUCUACUGAUGCCAUUGGUAGGAAAAUAGAUGUAAUCAAACUCCACGUGCCUGGGCCACUUUAUAUGACAGAGAAAGAAGCAAAUGGAGUUGAUAAUUCGGAGGAGGAUGCAAAAGCAAGAUUAGCAGGCACUAGGCUGGCAGCUUCUUAUGUAAACUUCUACAUUGCCAAUGGUGGAAUUAUAGCACCAGCAUUUGGUGAUGAGAAGUGGGAUCAGGAAGCUUAUAAUGUCCUCAAAUCAGCAUUUCCAAGUCAUAAGGUUGUAAUGAUCCAAGAUGCAAGGGAGAUUUGUCUGGGAGGUGGAAAUAUUCAUUGCAUUACCCAGCAACAGCCAACAUUUCCUCUCAUGGAGGUGAAGAAUAAGAUCUGAAGCGGAUGAUCCAGUUAUGUUACCAUCUUGCCAAAUAAAGGGUUUUCUCUUCAUUAUGUAUCAGGCAUGAUACCUGUAAAGAGCAAAACUUUUCAUUUUAUUUGCAAAAUAUGAAGUGGCAGAGAUUCUCCACCAUUGAUCAUUUAAUAAGGUUUUACUGCAGUUUAUGAGGGACAUCAUGAUCAUAUAUGUCUAAAAUUUAUAAUGAAGAUAGUCUCUGCAUAUGGCUGGAUCUCCUUGGAGUUUUGGAGUUCCUUUCGAGCAA